GUUGCUUUACAGGAGCAGCUGAGCGGGAAGUGAGCGGGUAAAGAGCGGAGGGUCACUCGGUCAUGUCGGAUAAAGGCAGCACGGAGGCGCGGAACGGUAACAAGGUGACCGUGGUGCUCGGAGCGCAGUGGGGAGAUGAAGGCAAGGGCAAGGUGGUGGACCUGCUGGCACAGGACGCAGACAUGGUCUGCAGAUGUCAGGGAGGAAACAAUGCAGGGCACACUGUUGUAGUCGACUCUGUGGAGUAUGACUUUCACCUUUUACCUAGUGGCAUUAUUAAUCCCAACGUCACAGCCUUCAUAGGGAAUGGAGUGGUCAUUCACCUCCCUGGCCUUUUUGAGGAAGCUGAAAAGAAUUUACGGAAGGGUAAAGGUCUGGAGGGCUGGGAGAAGCGACUUGUAAUUUCUGACCGCGCCCACAUUGUGUUUGAUUUCCAUCAAGCCGUGGACGGAGUUCAGGAGCUGGAGAGGCAGCAACAAGCUGGCCAAAAUUUAGGAACAACGAAAAAGGGGAUUGGACCUGUGUACUCUGCAAAGGCAGCAAGGAGUGGCCUUAGAAUAUGUGACCUUCUGUCUGACUUUAAGCAGUUCUCUGAGAGGUAUAAACACUUGGCUUCACAGUACAAAUCUGUGUACCCAUCCUUAGAAAUAGAUAUUGAUGGUGAGCUGGCAAAACUAGAGGCAUAUGUGGAGAGAAUAAAACCUAUGGUAAGAGAUGGUGUAUUCUACAUGUAUGAGGCUUUACACGGACAACCAAAAAAGAUUCUUGUAGAAGGUGCCAAUGCUGCCUUGCUGGACAUCGACUUUGGAACAUACCCUUUCGUGACUUCGUCCAAUUGUACUGUGGGCGGGGUUUGCACUGGCUUGGGCAUGCCGCCUCAAAACGUGGGAGAGGUUUAUGGCGUUGUCAAGGCCUACACUACCCGGGUGGGCAUCGGAGCUUUUCCCUCAGAACAAAACAAUGAUAUUGGAGAGCUCCUUCAGACAAGAGGAAAGGAGGUCGGUGUGACUACUGGCCGCAAAAGAAGAUGUGGCUGGCUGGACCUGGUGCUUGUCAAAUAUGCCCACAUGAUUAAUGGCUUCACUGCUUUGGCGCUGACCAAAUUGGACAUCCUGGAUGUAUUUUCUGAGAUCAAAAUUGGUGUUGGUUACAAGGUGAACAACGAAUCUAUACCAUAUUUUCCAGCCAAUCAGGAGGUGCUACAUAAGGUUGAGGUCCAGUAUGAAACUUUGCCUGGCUGGAACAGUGACACUUCAGCUGCAAGGACCUUCGAGGAACUUCCAGAAAAUGCACAGAAAUAUGUUCACUUUAUUGAGGAGUACCUCAAUGUACCUGUGAAAUGGAUUGGUGUUGGCAAGUCACGAGAGUCAAUGAUCCAGCUGUUUUGAGUUGCUGCUGUACCGUGUGUGACUCCAGCUGGCUCUCGGAUGCAGCGCUGUGCUCGGGGCGUAUCAAGGUGCUUACCUGAUAGAGCCAGAAAAUGAAUUUGCCUCCUCACCUCUCCAGUUGCUGCAGUUUCCUUUUAAAAUCAAUGGAUCUUCUUCUUCAUCAUAUGAUGCGCUCCUCAAAACCUUUCCCUUUCCUUUGGAGGUCAGUGUUGGACGAUGUGGUGGAAAGUCCUUUAGUCAAAAGGGAACAGACUCUACAGUCUCUCACUAACACCUAGUGGUCAUUUUUAUGUAAUCUCACAACAAAGACCUUCUUCCAAUCAGACCGCUCAGUUGUUCUACAUACUGAUGCAAAAUGUAGAACUAAUAUUUUAGUUGUUUGAAUGGUUUCACUUUAAACAAUACCACCACACUCCAAUUCCAGUUAAAUUGCUUUUAUUUAGAAACUAAACUUUACAAGGAGGCAACCAAACCAACUUUGAUCAUUUUAAGAGAUUAAAAAUGUUCUUAAUAUGUCUUCUGAAAUACUGAAAAGUAAUUUAUUAUUUAUUUUUGUGCCACUAAACAGUGAACUGAAAAGUUAUACUUUCGCUUCAUUGUUGUAUUGUCUUUAUAAUUUUCAGUCAGGCUGCAAAUAACAAUAAAACAGCACAGUGUUAAUAUAACUGUCGUAAUUCACCUUAUAUCAGAUUACAGAUAUAAGAAACAAAAACCUAAUAUAUUUUUAAUGAUUUGCAGGCAUGUCACUACCUUAGACUGUCAAUGUUUGGCUUUUUAUUUGGUUUUUCUAUAAAUUAUAAUGUUGUGUAGCAACAAAUAGUUUUCUGAAAAUGAAAUUCUGUGUACUUAUUUCCAAACAAAUGAGAUGCCGAUGUGCAACAGCACAGCUUUAGGAACUUUGGUGUCAGACUUAUUUGAGGUAUGACUUGAAUGUAAUUUUAAUGUUAAAUUUGACACAGUGUGCUUGAUGAAAUAUUAGUCUCAGGAUUCUCUGGUGAGCAACUGUUGUUGAAUGUUUCAGACUUUCAUUAAAUCCUUU